AUGAAUGUGGCGGGGAAGCCGUCUCCUCCAGCACAGCUGGGGCGCCCGGACAGCCUCCUCGUCCCCACUUGGACAAAAACUGGAAUUGCAUUGUUAUAUGAUGAAAUAUCUGAAAACUCCUAUGAAAUCCGACUGAAGCUUACAAAAGAGGUACUGACAAUUCAAAAACAAGAUGUCAUCUGUGUUAGUGGAAGUGAUCACAGUGCAAAUCACAGAACUGUUAAACUUCAUAGACAACCAGUUGGUGGCUUGGGCUUAAGUAUAAAGGGUGGUGCUGAGCACAAAGUGCCUGUCGUUAUAUCAAAAAUAUUUAAAGACCAAGCAGCAGACCAAUCAGGAAUAUUAUUUAUAGGAGAUGCAUUAAUACAGGUUAAUGGAAUAAACGUAGAAGGUGCUACCCAUGAAGAAGUGGUGCAUCUACUGCGAAAUGCUGGCGAUGAAGUUACCAUCACCGUUCAGUACCUCAGGGAAGCUCCAUCAUUUCUAAAGCUCCCACUGGGUUCCCCAGGACCAUCAAGUGAUCACAGCAGUGGAGCAUCUUCCCCCCUCUUUGACAGUGGUUUACAUUUAAAUGGAAACUCAACAAAUACAGCACCAUCCUCACCUUCUUCACCCAUAGCUAAUGAACCAAAAUAUGAGAAACGCUGGCUGGACACCUUGUCAGUUCCUCUGUCGCUGGCUCGAAUCUCGAGGUACAAAGCUGGAACAAAUAAAUUAAGAUCUAAUGCAUUUGAAGUACUGGCACUCGAUGGAGUUAGCACUGGGAUACUUCAGUUUUGUACAGCCCAGGAGAGUGCUGACUGGCUGAGAGCAUUAUCAACUAACAUCAGUGAUUUGACACAACAAAAUAUGAAGAUGGCAAAUAAAUGUUGUUCUCCCUCAGACCAGGUGAUACAUAUCGGGUGGGUGAAUGAGAGGCUCCAGGGAGCAGACUUCCCACAGCUCUAUAAAUUCAAGUUCCUGGCACUGAAGGGUUCAUCAUUCUACAUUUUCAGCACACCACCGGUAAGCACAUUAGACUGGGCACAAGCUGAAAAAAUCUAUAACCUCUGUGAGGUUCUAUUUAAAGUUCACAAGCUGUGGCUUAAUGAUGAUUGCUGGCUGCAAGCAAACUUAUAUUUAGGCAUUCACCAAGACUAUGAGCUUGAAGACCAGAGACCAUAUUGUUUCAGUGUUGUAGUUGGACAUGGCAAGAGUCAUUAUUUCAACGUGGAAUUGGGGAGUGAACUGGCAGUGUGGGAGAAAUCCUUUCAAAGAGCAAUUUUUUUGGAAGUUCAAAGAACAGGGUCUAAAACCUAUAUGUGUAGCUGGCAAGGAGAAAGCUUGUGUUUCACCAUAGACUUCGCUUUGGGAUUCACCUGCUUUGACAAUAAAACAAAGAAUGUCCUCUGGAGGUUUAAAUUUUCUCAGCUCAAGGGAUCAUCAGAUGAUGGAAAAACUCGAGUUAAGCUGCUUUUUCAGAAUACAGAAACAAAACAAAUUGAGACAAAGGAACUAGAAUUUCAGGACUUGACAGCAGUUUUAAACUGUAUUCACUCAUUUAUAGCUGCUAAGGUUGCAUCAGUGGAUCCAUUAUUUAUAGACAGCCAGAGCAUUGCAAGAAAAUAUACGUACAGUAAUUAA